AUGAUUAAUCGAGCACACCCACUUGGACCUCCAAAACCAAAUGGACCUAUAAUAGCUCAUGUGCCAUGGGAUACCGAUAUUUCUAAGAUUCUGGGACAUAUCAAGAAAUUAAGAGGUACUGAAAUUUACAUUGACAGAAACUAUACCAAAGAAGUCAGGGAGAAAAGAUCGAGAUUGAGAGCAAUUAUGAAGAAAAUAAAAGAAAAGAAUAAUGCGCUGAAAAUGAAACUGGUCUUUGACUCGUUAUUGGUGGAAUCCGUUAAGUACAGUUGGGACUGGAGGGAUGGAUUAAAGUGUGAAAAGGAUUAUGGUAUGAAUCGUUUGAAAAUGGACUGGAUUAUCGAUUUAAAUUUCUUGUUUAAUUCUUCAACUAAUAAUAGUGAUCAAGCAGAAGUGAUGGAUCAUUCCGAGAACAUAAAUCAGGAAAACUCUAAUAUCCAGUCGGGGGAAUCAGGGAGAGGAUAUAAGUUAUAUACACAGGCAGCUGUGAGAUUUUCCAAUUUUGGUAGAGCGAGUGGAGGGUGGUUGUGUGGUGUUAAUCAUAAGAUACAACAUAAGUUGAGGGAAGUGAAUGGUCAAAUGAUUAUAGAUAUAAAAGUAGGUAAUGAAAAAGUUAGCAUUAUUCCAAUGUAUCUAAGGCCAGGAGAGUACUGGGAGGAGUGUUUUGAAAAUGUUGAAAGGGUUUUAGUUCAAAAUUCAGAUCAGAAUGUUGAAAAUAGUUUAGUUGUAGGUGAUUUAAGUGCAAGGUUGGGGGAGGAAGGGAUUCUAGGUGAUGAGCUUGAUGAAGAUAGGGUAUACAGAAGGACGAGCCUAAGUGAAAGGAGAGUUUCUAAAGAUAAGAGCUACGACCUUAACGCCGCACUUGGAGUCCAGCGGGUUCAACAUCUCAAUGGUUGUCUUUCUAAUGAUCCUUUCAGGCCAGUCGUAGCGAGCGUGCCUUUAAAAGUCGGCGAAAACUACGCCAGGAGGAGAAUUAAUUAUCUUCCUGACGAAAAUAUAUUAAAAAGAAAAGCAUCUUACGACAAGUUAGAGAAAGAAACCUACAAAAAGAAGACAUGCAGUGAGGCUGUGGAGCUAUUAGAUUACUUAGAAGAUCUGGGAAAACAAUUUAGCAGAUUUACAGGACUAAUACAGGAGUUCCCAAAUACGCCGAGGCCUAUUAAGGAACUCUAUAGGAACCUGAUCAAGAGGCAUGCCCUCCAAAAAAUGGAGCAUUUCAAGAAGUGGUUACAGAUAAAUUCGACUGAACCUAUAGAAAAAAUGAUGGUAGACACGGACACGCAGGUGGACGCUGAUGCCAGUUCAGUAGCUCAGAAACCCGCGACUACGGAAUGUGGCACCCAGACGGACGCGUGGCAUGGCACCCCCAGGGCAGUCAGGGUGACGAGUCUCGAGGGAGUUAACAAUUUUGCUGACUUCCAGAGGCACUCUUUCUACGACUGGCCCGAGAAGGUCUUCAAAAAAACGACGAUCGAAGUUCUGAAUCCGCUGGACUCUAAAUGUAAUGUAAAGGUCGUAGUCCUGGAACCAAAUGACCCCAAAAUGAUGUUCUCCGUACAGAGACUUUAUCGAGACAGGUAUCCAGACUUACCAACCCUUGAAGGAGACUUCGAGGUGCUGGAAAAUUCUACUACUGUAAAAAGGGGAGGGGAGAGAAGGACUAAAGUAGAGAAAGUCAUCCAGCUGUCGUCCAGCACACCCGAGCAACUCUGGCACGCUCUCGAGCGUGUCAGAGACGAGAUAAAACAGGAGGACUCGGUGGCUCUGCACCACGUUAGUUACAUGCAGGUGGUUGAACUACGCAAGAUGGCUGAAGUGAUCUUUACUAACACUAAAGGUACGACGGUACAGAUCUUCACCACGGCCACGCGGCGAGAGAAGCCUACAUAUGGAUUCAUUGUAUCCAAAAAAGACUCAACCUACUCACAACUUCUUGAGGGGGUGGAAAAAGCAGUAGGAGACACGCAAGCUAAAGAAGCAAUCCGAAGCCUACGUAGCACGAGAGACGGAAAUCUGUUAAUAACAAUAGAUAAGGACCAGGGGGCCGCCUCAAUGAUCAAAAACGCGAUAGCGAAUAAGGAGAGUGGACUGACAGCUAAACUCGUUGGAACUGAAAAGCAGGCCAUUAUUCAUUUAAGAGGCAUGACGGCAAACACGGAGGAGGAGCACAUUAAGCUUGCUAUUCAAAGAGAAAUCGGCAAAUGGAAAACAAACUUCGCUAUAAAACAGAUCCGCCCUAUGCGAAACAACACCAAGGCAGCCACGUUCAUCCUUACCGCGCUAGCGGCAAGGCAGAUACUAGACCUAGGACACCUGAAGGUUGGCCUUGCACGGUGUGAAGUGGAGCGAAGAUAUGUCGUUAGGAAAUGCCAGCGCUGUUGGAGCUACCAGCAUGACGUUGCGAGAUGUGAUGGCCCGGAUCGUACCGGGCUCUGCCAUAGGUGCGGAAAAGAAGGCCAUACUUUUAAUACAUGUAAGGAAGAUGAGCACUGCGUUGUAUGCAAUGAGCAGCAUCGGAUAGGUAGCGGCAAGUGCGCGGCCUUCCGUGAGGCUCUACAGAGAGCAAGGAUGGCGGAGCAAAAUAAAAACAUCGAGGCCCCUCCCCCACAGGCGCAUCAGCCUCCCCCAACAACAGAGGUCACCAGCAUGGAAAUUGCCCAAGAGGUACCCGACAUCAAUGAGGUAAACUUGACCGAGAUGCCUACGGACCCAUCUCCCUCCUCAGAGGAGUUGAGGAGAGUGGAUGAGGAGGUAUUCAAUGGGGCUGUCCACUCUACACUUAUGGAGCAGUUUAGCUCUCUUUGCGACAGUGCCGCGGGAGAUAUCGCACGGGUCAAACCCCCAAUUCGUUCGCCUACUCCGUCCCCUCCUUCUUCGGACGGGGACCCAACUGCUUCCACUCCUCAGACAAUAUCCCCUCAGGGCAGCGUCAUAGAUUUGUGCGGAUAG